UAGAACCUUUCAAAACUUAACUUGUUCUGAGACUCCAACUCCUCUGCUCUCGAUCCCUCCGUCCAGCCCAGCUUCUAUUUAGCACCGCUUUCCUUCAGGCUUUGGCUUCUUCAUGCCCUUCUCUCAAAAGCCCUAAUUUUCACCUCAUUCUUUUGGGCUCCUCUAAUGCUGGCCAUCUGAAUUUGGUCUUACUUUCCGAAAUCGGAAUUUGGAGGAGCUGCACGUUUGUUCGAAGAUGAGUGCUUAUAUUGUAGGCAUCCUUGUUCCUCUUGUAUUUACUCUUUUGCUUCGGAAUUCCAAGAAUGGGAAGAAACGAGGGUUGGCUGCUGAUGUUGGUGGGGAGCCUGGGUAUGCAAUUCGAAACUUUCGUUUUACCUCCCCUGUGACAACAGCAUGGGAAGGUAUCUCAACGCUUGCAGAUCUUUUUGAGCAAUCAUGUAAGCAGUUCCAGAACAAAAGGUUUCUUGGAACUCGAAGAUUGAUUUCAAGAGAGAUGGAGAAGGCUGAAGAUGGAAGGACUUUUGAGAAACUUCAUUUGGGGGAUUAUGAGUGGUUGAGCUAUGGCGAAGUCUUUGAAGUUGUGUGCAAUUUUGCUUCCGGUUUGGCACAAGUUGGGCAUAGAAGGGAAGAACGGGCUGCAAUCUUUGCUGAUACGCGAGAAGAAUGGUUUGUUGCACUGCAGGGUUGCUUUCGGCGCAAUAUUACUGUGGUUACCAUAUAUGCAUCUUUGGGGGAGGAGGCUCUGUGUCACUCAUUAAAUGAGACGGAGGUCACAACUGUGAUUUGUGGGCACAAAGAACUGAAGAAACUUUUGGAGAUAAGUGGGCAACUUGACACGGUAAAGCGUAUUAUAUGCAUGGAUGGUGAGAUCCCAUCAAAUGCCUCAUCAACUGAAAGCAGGAACUGGACAAUCACUUCAUUUUCUGAAAUAGAAAGACUAGGCCUAGAGAAUCCUGUUGAUGCGGACUUACCUCUUCCAGCUGACAUUGCAGUCAUAAUGUAUACAAGUGGGAGCACUGGUUUACCUAAGGGAGUAAUGAUGACACAUGGCAAUGUUCUAGCGACAGUUUCUGCGGUCAUGACAAUUGUUCCUGGCCUUCGAAGCAAGGAUGUUUAUUUAGCAUACCUACCCUUGGCUCAUAUCCUUGAGUUAGCUGCUGAGAAUGUUAUAGCUGCUGUUGGUAGUUCAAUAGGAUAUGGUUCCCCUUUGACUCUUACUGAUACAUCAAACAAGAUAAAGAAGGGGACAAAAGGGGAUGCUUCUAUGUUAAGGCCUACAUUGAUGACAGCCGUCCCAGCAAUUCUUGAUCGGGUUAGAGAUGGCGUGCAGAAGAAGAUUGUUGCAACUGGUGGACUAUCAAAGACACUGUUUGAUUUGGCUUAUGCACGGCGGUUAUCUGCAAUGAAUGGAAGUUGGUUUGGGGCAUGGGGACUAGAAAGGCUUCUGUGGAACUUUCUUGUGUUUAGAAAGGUUAGAGCAAUUUUGGGUGGCCGCAUCCGUUUCGUGCUGUCUGGUGGCGCUCCUCUUUCUGGUGACACUCAGAGAUUUAUUAACAUUUGUCUUGGUGCUCCAAUAGGUCAAGGGUAUGGUCUUACUGAGACUUGUGCUGGUGGGACUUUCUCAGAGUACGAUGAUACAUCAGUAGGCCGUGUUGGUGCUCCACUUCCUUGCUCAUUUGUUAAGUUGAUAGAUUGGCCUCAGGCUGGUUAUUUAACAAGUGAUUCACCAAUGCCUCGUGGGGAAAUAGUUAUCGGUGGGCCAAAUGUUACGCUUGGAUAUUUCAAGAAUGAGUUGAAAACAAAGGAAGUGUACAAGGUUGAUGAGAGAGGAAUGAGGUGGUUUUACACUGGAGACAUAGGUCAGUUUCAUGGUGAUGGUUGCCUUGAGAUAAUAGACCGGAAGAAGGACAUAGUUAAACUUCAGCAUGGGGAAUAUGUCUCCUUGGGGAAGGUUGAAGCUGCACUUAUUGUCAGCCCAUACGUCGACAAUAUAAUGUUGCAUGCUGAUCCUUUCCGUAGUUAUUGUGUGGCUCUUGUGGUAGCUUCACAGCCCACUGUGGAAGGUUGGGCCUCGAAACAAGGAAUUGCUUUUCUUGAUUUUUCAGACUUAUGCCAAAAGGAAGAAACUGUGAAGGAAGUGCAUGGGUCACUUGUAAAGGCAGCAAAGCAGUCCCGUAUAGAGAAGUUUGAGAUCCCUGCGAAGAUCAAAUUGCUUCCUGAACCCUGGACUCCCGAAUCUGGCCUGGUGACUGCAGCACUUAAGAUAAAGAGAGAGGUGAUUCGGAAAACAUUCUCCGACGAACUUGCUCAGCUAUACAAAUCAUGAUUCUUCCAGCUUUGCUUAAUAGGCCAGGCCUGGCGAAGCUUUGUGUAAGCCAACUCUGUUCAUAUGCAGGUUGCUGUUUUCCAGUCAUUUCUUUAUGAUGUUUUUCUACUUUUUUCAACCACAAAUAGACUUUUCAAUUUGUUUCUACUUCUUGUGGCGGAAGUAAUUUUGGUCAAAAAUAAGACAGGAUGGCUGUCUAUUUACGUGA